AAUCGAUCCGCCGUGCCUAAGCUGGACGUGACGACGACGGACAUGACGCGACGCGGCAUCGCUAUCAGGAACAACCAAUUCUGUUCGAGAUUGACUAUAAUGGAGCCGAUUUCGGGCUAAAUUGAUCAAACCAACAAAACUAAAGGACACAUCAUCUACGGUACCGGUUCCGUAGCCAUAGGCAUAGGCUACUGUAGGCCACUUUUCCCUUUUAUUUUAAGUUCGAGGACCAUGAACAUGAUGAAGUUGUUGAUGUCACGCCAAGGCUGAGCUGAGACGAGACAGCCUGUGAGUGUGAGUCCAUGAGAAGAGUUAAGACAACAGUCGCAUGAACUGGAUGUACUGUUACUGCAGUGACAGACUGAGUUAAUUAGCAGCAGGAACCACUCUGAUGUACUUUUGAUAAUCAUCAUCGAGAUCCAUUUCAUGAUUUCCCAUUGAGACGAUGCCUGGAAAGAAAAAGGGAAAGGGAAAGAAGAAGGGAGGGAAGAAGAAACCCAAGCUUACCAAGGAGGAGAAAAUCCAGCUUAAACUGAACAAAGCAUGUGCCUUGAUAACAGAACAGAAAGAUGUCUACCAGAACUUCCUGGAUCGGAUGGACCGAUGGCUUGCUGCAAACAACCUGAAGGCUAAAGAGCUCUAUCAAAGAUUUGACAAAAAUGGAGACGGUGUCCUUACUUUUGAUGAAUUCAAAGCAGGUAUGCUUGAUUUGGAUGCUCCUUGCAAUGCCAUAGAGCUUGAAGUGUUGGCUAGGAGACUGGACAAAGACUCGAGCAACACCAUUGAUUAUAGGGAAUUCUCCAAAGGUCUAUUUGCAAGUGAAAGUGAGAACGCAGAGGAACCCCCGACGCUAGUGACCAGACAAGCCUUGUGCCAUCCAAGUUGUAGCCUAGGCCAUUGGAGAGAUCACAUAGAGCGACAUCCUAGGUAUGUGCGUGUGCUUUUGCGGUCCAUCACUUUCGAUCACCUGAAGAUGUAUCCCGGCCACUUCAGCAAGGUCGUCCUGUCCCACUCCACGAUCCUGUCACUCUGUGGGAUCAUUAAGGAGGAACUAGCCCUCACCACCACCACCCUCCUCAUUUACCAUGACAAGACCAAGGAUGCCCUGGCCCUGGAUCCGGCCCGGACUCUGGAAGACUACGGCAUCAAGGGCAGGACAAGAGAGGAUCCGGAGGAGGUUGUCCUCUUCUACAACUACACCACAGAAUUCCAUGAUUGUUCGCUGCUAUCAGCAGAUUACUACUUUAUCAAAUGAUUGCCACCUGUUAUAUAAAA